AUGCCCCAAGUCGGUAUCAUCUCCAUGAUCACAGAGUUCAUUGGAGCUGUGGCCCUGGGAGAGCGGGUCACGGGUACAAUCAAGAAUAACAUUAUCAACAUCGAUCACUUUGCCGAGAGCCCAGCCGUACUCAUGUUGGUCAUGGGAUGUUCCGAAGUGGCCUCGGCCAGCUGGCUCAUCCUCGCCACCAAGAUGGGCAUGCCCGUGUCAACGACGCAAACAAUCGUUGGCGCCUUGAUUGGGGCUGGCAUUGCAUCGGGAGCCAGUGUGUCGUGGGCUUGGAACGACGGCAGCGUGUCGCAAGUCGCCGCCUCGUGGGGGAUCGCCCCUUUGAUCUCGGGCGCCUUUGCUGCCAUCCUCUUUGGCACCUUGAAAUUCUUCAUCCUCGAGCGUCAGAACUCGUUCGAGAAGGCCAUGCGUGCUAUACCCUUCUAUCUCGCUUUCACCGGCGCCAUCUUGGCGCUUUUCAUAACAGUCGAAGCCCCUGGCGCGCCCAGUCUCGAAGCCCUUGGUGCAGGCACUGCCUGCGGAAUAGUACUCGGGGUGUUCUUCGGCGUCCUGGCCAUCGGCUACAUAUUCUUCAUCCCCUACUUCAAGAGGGUAAUCGUCAUGCAAGAUCCCCGGAUCCGACCCUGGCACAUCCCUUUGGGGCCUCUGCUACUGAAGGAGAACCCCCCGCUCUACUUUCCUGGCAAGGGCGAUUCAAUCGUCAUUGAUUACUAUGAAAGUUCCCACGACCAGGCCACCAGUGAGAAGCAACGGUAUCAGGAUGGCAGCAGAACAUCUGCAUCGGAUUUCGCCAGUACUGAUAAGAAGAAGACCGACACCGAUAGUCCCAAUCAAAUCUGUCCUACGACCGAGCCGGCCGCCACCGGCAGCAGCUCUGGUGUGCAACCUAAUCUCGCGGGCAAUGGCCAGUCUCUGGAGGAUGUUGAGCGCCAUGGGACCCUGCCCAUUCGACGCAAGCAUCUCAAGCCUGAGCCGGAGGAGCGCUUCCUUGCGCCAACGGCACACCUUCCUGUCUAUCACCCACAACGACAGUGGUCGCUUCUCAAAUACUUCUUCCUCCAGGGGGUAACGCGCGAUUGUGUUACGCACGCGUCGGCUCAACUCGCAAACGUCCACGGCAAGGCGAAGCGGUAUGAUAACCGCGUUGAACACCUUUGGACCUACGCCCAGGUUGCUUCCGCGAUUAUGAUGUCCAUUGCACAUGGGUCCAAUGAUGUGGCCAACUCGGUCGGCCCCUGGGUGGCAUCCUACCAAGUUUUCCGUACUGGUCUAGUGACUGAGGAUGUCAACACUCCUGUCUGGAUCCUCGUUGUCGCCGGUUUCCUCCUCGGCGCUGGUUUUUGGUUCAUGGGCCAUCACAUUAUCAGGGCGCUCGGCAACAAGAUCACACAGCUGUCGCCGACGAGGGGCUACGCAAUGGAGCUUGGUGCUGCCAUUACUGUGUUGCUGGCGAGUCGCCUCGGGCUUCCAGUGUCGACCACCCAGUGCCUCACAGGUGCUGUCGUUGGCGUGGCACUGAUGAACUUGGAUUUGGGCGCUGUAAACUGGCGGCAAUUAGCUUUCAUCUUUGGAGGCUGGGUGCUGACACUUCCGUGCGCCGGGCUCAUGUCGGGUCUUUUGACGGUCAUGGCAUUGAACGCGCCCCAGUUUGGAUCCUAA